UCAUCGAGUAUAUUCUUAUAUUCGUGGUAUUGAAAGUCAAAACUCCCAAUUUAGUUAGCAUUCUCGGUGUAUUUGGUUGAAGAUGGCAGCUGCUCACAAGGAUAGUACCGUUCUCUGUUUGGCCGACCCAGUCGUCAAUUUGUACGCCUUCGUCUCUGAUGAGGUCUUGGCAAAGCACAAUUUGGAGAAGGGUUCCACUGUGGUUUUGAGCCCUGAGGCUCUUGAGGCUGUUCUUAAGGACGUUGAGGUUGUGUUUACUUGUCCUGCUGGUAUGUCUAAUGUCGCAAGGGGCAUGGGCUUUUUGGGCAGCGACGUCUCUCUUUUUGGUCAGUAUGCUGAUGAUGAGAAGGGUGCUAUGAUUUCCGCUGGACUAAAGGAGUACAACGUGAAGGAUCACUGUUUGGUCAAGAAGGGUGGUAGGAGUACCUACAACUACAUCUUGGUUUCCAGCGAUGCUAAGCGUGUUGUUCUCCCCGUUAGCGGUGCUUCCCGUGAAAUUGACCCUGAUCAAGUUGACUACUCAAUUGUUGGAAACUUUGACUACUUCUUCAUCUCUGCCUUCCAGUUCUGUGACGAGCACUUGCCCAGUGCCACCAGACUUGUCGAUGAGGUUUUGAAGAGGGGUGUGAAGCUCAUGUUCAACUUGGCUAGUGUGAGCUGCGUUACCAAGUUUUACGAUCGUAUCAAGCCUGUUGUUGAGGCCACUGCUGUUUUGUCUGGUAACGAGAAGGACUUCAAGAAGUUCUACGGUCUUGAGGACUCUGAACAACUUUACGCUCACUUGGCUACUCUUUGCACUGGUACUGCUGAUAGCAAGUUUGAAUUGGUUGUCGUUCAAUUGGACUCAAAGGGUGCAGUUGUUUUCGAGCACGGCAAGAGAUUUGACUUUGCUCCUCCUGAGCUUGGUGAGGUCGUUGAUCUUACUGGUAUUGGCACCUUCCACUUGGGUGGCUACUUGUAUGGUUACUUCAAGGGCUAUCAUCCAGAAGUCUCAGCUAAGAUUGGUGAUGUUUUGGCUGUUGACAUCAUCUCAAGGUUAGGUUUGUUGUUGUCCGAGGAUGCAAGAUCCAAGGUCAGGGCCAUUGAGGCAAAACUUUAGGUUGUAUAAUGCUGGCCUAGUGCCAUUUAUUUAACGAGAAUAAUUUAGUACAAUAAUUC